AUGGUGGCAAGGGUAAAGCUGAGAAGCGGCUCUCAGAGAAAUUGGCGAAACCGGCGGGCCUCCUGGUCAGUGGCGGCUGCCUGUUACGCUGGUUGCCAUUGCUUCGCAGAAAUGUCCAACCGGGCCAUCCCACAGAACUCCCAGCGUGAUGCCCCACGGGUGCGAGGCAUAGAUGAAGGCCUCCGACGACGAGGGGAGAGCGGGCUGAGCGGGCCAAGCGGGACAGCCCGGGACGAGGACGACGCGGCAGACGGCGCCGUGCCGUCCUCUUCAUCGGGUUACCGGAGCUGUUUGCGGGCCUUGUCCUUCCUGGGCAUUCAUCGUGCCUGCGGGCUCUUGACAGCACAGAGACGCCGGCAAGACAGAGAGGCCGCGAGUCUCGCUGCGCGGAGCGCCUCCGAGCUCUCCGCCGAGGCGCUGGAGAGCUGCCCGCCGCCGGUCCUCUACAAACAGCGAUGGGUGCAGCUGGCCUUCUUAGCCCUCUUUGCCUUGAUCAGCGACCUGGUGUGCUUCAGUGUCGCUGCCACGCCAGCAACUUGGAACAAGGUUUUCGGACAGGAUCCGGCCACCCUAAUCGACAUCUUUCUGUUCACAAACGUCUUUGCGUGCUUCAUCGAGCCAUUCAUUAUCCGCAACUUCGGGCUGCGCAUACCCAUUGUGGGUGCGGCUCUGCUCAUGGCAGUGGGAUGCUUUCUACGAUCCGGCAUGCCCUUCCAGGGUGAUGAGCUGCCAGGCUACAACACGGUCGUAGCGGGCACCAUGUUGGUGGCCGUGGCACAGCCGUUUUUCCAGUGCACACCGCCCCUGCUGUCUGCAACCUGGUUCGCGCCAGACGAGCGAGCGAUGUCUACGGCUGUGGCUAUCAACUUCAACCAGGUCGGCAUCGCUGCUGCCUUCAUCGCCGGCGGGGCCAUGGGCGGCUCCGAAGCGGGCCUCAAGACAUAUUUCGUGACCAUCACCCUGAUUUCCGUGGUGGUCGCUGCAGCGUCGCUGUUCUUCUUUCGGGAGCGGCCCCCCACGCCACCGUCGGCAUCGGAGUUAGAGAAGUUGCUGGCAGAGAAGUCUUCGGGGGCCCUGAAGACAGAGGUCGGAGACGACAGCAAGCAGGCCAACAAGCCUGAGGAUAGCUUCCCAAUAGAGGCCUAUCGGCUGAUUACCACCCCGGGCUUCCUGCCGCCUUUGGCCGCUUUUGUCACGUCCAUUGCUGUCACCAACGUAGUUGGCGCGUUCAUGGACCUGAAGCUGCAGCGCGCGGGCUUCAACGACCAAAUGGAGGUGGACAUGGCCGGUGCGGGCUUUGAGGUCGCCAUCGUGAUUGGUGGCAUCAUUCUUGGCGGCCUCGUCGACAGAAACAAAGAGUACAAGUCCGUGACCCUGUGGUGCAUCGCUGCGACGCUUGUGGGAGUGCUCCUGCUUGGCAUGGAGUCGUUGCCCAGGAGCGCCGCCCUGGCGGCCCUUUUGGCCAUUGGCUCCUUCGCAGGUCCGGUCCAACCGAUUAAUGCGGAGCUUGCAGUGGAGGUAACGUAUCCAUGCGACGAGAAUGCCAUCGAAGCCGUGCAGCAACUUUGUGGCAACUUGAUCUCUGCCCUGCUGGUGCCCGUCUGCGAGUGGGCUGCAGAGCUGAAGAUUACCCUUCCAGGUUCCGAUGGCUAUCUGAGGGGCGACACACUGCUGCUGCUGGCCAUCCUGGUCGUGGUGGGCCUAUACUUCUCGACCUUCUCCGCUCCUCUGCGCCGGACAGAAGUGGACCAGGCAAAUUGCAUCACUGGGGAUGAAUUCGAUGUGUUGCGCCCCCGAGCAGAAUCCAAGUGA